AACAUGCAAAACUUGACCCAGAGUCCUUUGAAACAUCUAAUUAUAGAUGGAGACAAUAGUCCUAUCAAUUUUAUAGACGAUUUCGAAUUAUCGAGCUAAUCCUCUUAAAAUAACACAUUCAUCUAAUCAGGAAGAAAGAAUUCUGAUGGGGAAACUACAGCAAGAAGAAGAAAAUUUCGAUCUCAGGACUUUACUGAGUAAUUAUACAUGUGGAAUGACUACUUAGUGAAAAAAUUCGAGCCUAAAUAGUUAUGAAAACUGAUUAUAUGAUUUUAUAUUGCUUUGUCUUUUUUAAAUAAUUCAAUCCCUA